GGCAGAAGAAGAAGAAGUAACGCCAAGCGGAACGUUUGCGAGGUAGAGCUUUCUGUCGGAAGGCUUAAACAGACCCCCCCUCCACGGGCGCCAUUUUGGCUCCAUGCGAGCUGCCUUCUUGACCACCAGAAUGUGUCUUCUGCAUGAAGGUGACCGAGCUAGUCAUUAAAAUCAGGCGAGAUGGCUCCGUGGCGUGUAGCGAUGAGGACGUUCUGUGCUGCGGCAGAAAAGGCGGCGGCUCCGGCCGCAAGCAGCCGCUGGGAGACACUGAAAAACAGUAAAGCAGGUGUGUGGUGUCGCAGCCUGAUCUCUGAUUAUAAAGAGGCAUGUAGGGAGAUGGUGGUUGGUGCCUGGGAGCGACCUUUCAAAGCCACAGUGUACGUGACUCUACUGGGUGGGGCCUGGGCCUGUUUCUGCACAAAACCGGACCAUUCGUCCUUUGAGGCAGCUCUGCUGGAGCGCUCCAACCAGCUGGGCUUGCUGUCACCGUGGAUACGCAAUGCGUCCUCUGACGGCCACGUUCAGAGUCUAGUGAAGCUACGCAAUGAGGGCCGACUCCGCCAUGCCAGCCUGGGUCUUCUCUCUCUGGUUUACUGUGCCAACUACGACCCUGACGCCACACUGUAUGAAGCCCGGUGCUCCAAUCUGUCAAUGCCCUGGUGGGAGUUCCCUCAGCGGGUUCUAGAUGUGGGCUUCGCCGGCCGCUGGUGGUUCUUGGACUCAAAGAUGCAGGCCUAUGAUGUGAACGAGGAAGAGUUCAAGCACUUGCCGGCUCACAUGCAGGUAACUUCUCCACCCAGUGUUGAGGAGGUGGAGAGGAAUGAGAGGUUGCACAAGGAGUCCUGGCUAGCACUGACAGUGGAGGACGAAGAGAAAGACACAAAUGUAGUGGACAGAGAGGAGGAGAGGGUCAGUGUAAAGAGCCCAAUAAAACCACUGAAAGAGGAACACACUCAAGCUUAAGUGCUGUGUGGACAGCAGCAGAUAUUUCACUCAUAUCACACAGAAACAUACUGGAUACGCGACUGUACCAGGGUACACAUUCUCAUUUGUUAUGUAGUGCUGGAUUCAGCAGACCAUUUGAAUUCACAUUUUUCAGCUAGGAACUGUCCAUAUUGUUUACUACCACCACAAAACCGCUAUGGAAAGAGGAAACAUUCACACAUGUCUCAACAAAGUAAAAACAGGCCUUGAGAAUCCUCA